AUGUCAAUUGCCCGAGAAUUAAAAAAAAUUGAAAAAUUACAAGUUGACAGACAUGCUAAAAAUAAGCCACUUGCCAAACACCCGACCGGAGAAUUACAUAUCGGUGGGGCCCGAACGGCACUUUUUAAUUAUCUUUUUGCCAAACAAAAUGACGGUCAGUUUAUUCUCCGUAUUGAGGAUACUGACCUCCAAAGAAAUAAAGAAAUAUUUGUCAAUAAUUUAUAUGAGGAUUUACUAUGGCUGGGAUUAAAGCCUGAUGAAUCGAUUUUUCAAAUCGGUGAACACGGUCCUUAUCGGCAAACCCAGCGAUUAGACAUUUAUCGGAAAUAUAUUGAAAAGUUAUUAGCCGAAAAAAAGGCCUAUUAUUGCUUUUGUUCUCCGGAGGAAUUGGCUCAAGAAAGAGAAAAAUUUAUCCAAGGAAAUAAACGAAGCAAUUAUCAAUAUUCCCGGAAGUGUUUACGACUAAGUGAAAAAGAGGUUCAAUUUUUUCUCCACCAAAAAAAGCCGUAUGUUGUGCGCUUAAAAAUCCCCUCCGCUAAAAAUUACUCUUUUGCUGAUUUAGUGCGAGGGGAAGUUAAUUUUAGGAGCCAAAACAUUGAGGAUUUUGUGCUUUUUCGUCAAAAUGGCAUCCCUAAUUUCAAUUUUGCGUGUGUGGUUGACGACCGCCUAAUGAAAAUUAGCCAUGUUUUACGAGGCGAGGAGCAUUUAUCCAAUACUGGCAAGCAAUUACUUUCCAAACGGGACCCUGAAACUAGUCAAUGGCAACUAAUUAGCCAAUUACGAGCCAAAGGAUAUUUACCGGAAGCAAUCGUUAAUUAUUUGCUCCUUUUAGUAAAAGAAAUCUCUUGGUUAUUCCGGCCACAACUGAAUUAUUUUGCGGAAUUAAUUAAUUUAACCACUUAUUUUUUUCAAAGGCCAACACAAAAAAUUGAAAUUGAGGAAAAACAAUUGAAUCAAUUAGCCAAAUGGGAAGUAGAAAAUAUUAAAUCAGUUCUUAAAUCGGUUUGUUUAAGCAACCAAGCCCCCCAAAGAGAUUUUUAUCUCUUGGUGCGAAAAGUAUUGACAGGAACCGGCAAAGGACCUGAAUUGCCUCAUCCCCGAGUUUUGAGUUUAGAGUGUAGCAAGCAAGAAAUUACCGCCUGUCUAGAUGAUGGCCGAAAAUUAAAUGAGGACAUUAGUUUGCGGGUGUUUACGGACGGCUUAGAAAGUGAGGAGCCACAUAUUCAUGCCGAAGGUUCAGGUGGAAUUAUGAAAGUUUUUCUAACAGAUUUAUCAGUUGAAUAUUCGCGUGUAAAUAACGGACAAGAAUUAAUUGCCGAAGCCAAAAAUAAUCUAGAUUAUAAGGAUUUCGUAGAAAAAGAUUUGAUAUCUUUCGACGAGAUUAAUGUCCGAUCUGAACUUCACCAACUUUUUCCAGAAGUAAAAUUUGCUCAUCCUGAUAGUGGUGGUAAUAGAAAAUUAAAUAACACUACUUAUAAAGAACUUAAAAAAGACAAUGAAGAUUAUACUUUACGCCGCUAUUUAGUAGCCGAAAAAUUUUGGCAUUUAAAGAAAAUAAUAAGAAAUUAUUUUCGCGAAAAUGAAGCCAGAAUAUAUAAUUCCCCCAAGCACGGCAAUAUCUAUCUCUAUGUAGGAGAGAAAAAUGCUGAUGGCGGUCGGGAAAUUAAAAUUGGCAUUACUAAAAGCGAGUUUGAAAAUUACCAUGAAGCCAACGAACAAGGCAUUUUAGCCAAGACCCAUGUUGCCGAAAUCGACUACUAUUUAGACGAUAUGAAAAAAAAUCGACCUGAUUAUUAUGCGGCUUGUGAUAAAAAUUGUGAUAUUUGCGGCGUUAAACUUUGUUGUCAUUUUGAAGAGGAAAACAAAAAUAACCAAAUUAGCGAAAGUGAAAAAUCCCAACUUCUGCAAUAUUUUCUCCAAAAUGAGCAACAAAAAUAUCACCAAAUACUUGAAAAAUUACCAACUCAUACUCUAUCUUUAAGUGAAUUACAAAAUAAUAAUACUAAUUCGGAUUCUAAUAAAGACGAUAAAAGUUUCUAUAAAGGCCUAGUUAUUGGGGCUGUUGUGAUUAUUUUAAUUGGGUUAAUUGCUUAUUAUUUACAAUUUUUCGCCCAAAAAAAAGGGGGCGGUUCGGCGGCUACUAAUUGUAGCCAUAAAUCUUACAAUCCCAACAAUCUGGGAGUAAAAAUAUUUGGUAGCCAGUUAGUUAAAAAGGGCAGCAUAAUUGUUCGUCAACAUGGCACCAAAUAUAAAGGAGGACCGGGGGUGUUUUUGG